CUGUAUGUGACAGGCGGCGCGGGCGAGCAACAAUACUCGCUGAGAUGGAACGACUUCCACUCAGCGAUGGUCUCGUCUUUCAGGCGUUUAAGAGACGAGGAAGACUUCGUUGAUGUCACACUGGCCUGCGCCGGGGCUACCUUCACCGCUCACAAGGUGGUGUUGUCAGCCUGCAGUCCAUAUUUCAGAAGAUUAUUAAAGGCGAAUCCCUGUCAGCAUCCGAUCGUUAUACUGAGGGAUGUUCACGACAAAGAUAUGGAAAGUUUACUAAGGUUUAUGUACCAGGGGGAAGUUCACAUUGGACAAGAGCAACUAAAAGAGUUCCUAAGAGCCGCCCAGCUGUUGCAGGUCAGAGGUUUAACAGACGUCCCUCCUCCGGUCCCAACGCUUGACCAGAAAGCGUCGCCGUCCGCGUCAUCAUGGACGGAGACGGGCAGCGGCGGGUCCCGUGAGGGUCGCGAGGGUCGGGAAGGUGCUGGAACAGUCGGCCGAGAGGGAAGACGAGCCCGGCGACCAGACGACGCACCCGCCACCCCACCGCCCAAGAGAGCGCGCUCAUCUGACUUGUACCAGGCACAAAUGAAAACCAGGACGGAGCAGCUCCUGGCCCAGGGCAGCCCCGAGCGUCUCGCUGCCAACGGACAUGAGCUAGCACUCUUCGGUCACGCGCUUGACAACACACACCAUCCUCAUCUCUCAAACGUAUCCAACAAUCUGUCUGGUGACGGCGAGGACUCCUCUUCGGACGCCGGCGCGAGUGACGCCGAGGGUGAAAACAGAGCGAAACAGGAACCGAUAGACUAUGACGACCCCGCGACCAUGGCCAACACUAACGGUGCACUGCCACAUAACUUUCCAGGACUCUUGAACUUACCAGGAUUUCCGGGUCUUCCGGGCCCGUCGGGGAUACCGGAUAAUUUCGAUAGCAGUAGAGUUAGGCGGGAGGGAGGGGGUAGGGCUCGCGAGACGAGACUGACAGCGAGUGGUCUGCGGCAGGAGCGGGCUGGGCGGGCGGCGGGGCCGGGGCGGGGCGGGGCGGGCGGGCCGGCCGGCGAGGCGGACGGCUUCCCCUUCGCGGGGGGCCUCGCUAACGGUGAGCCCGGCAAGCCCGCGUGCUCCGAGUGCGGCAAGCUCUACAGCAACAAUAGCAACCUGAAGCAGCACAUCCUCAACGUGCACGCGGCGCGCGAGCUGUCCCACUCGUGCCCCGUGUGCGGCAAGGGCUUCAAGACGCGCCAGUACAUGCAGAUACACAUGAACUCCAUACACGGCGUGAAGCAGAGGAGGCGCGAGCCCGCCCCGUCCGCCGAACUAGACCGACACACUCACAGGGCGGCUCUAGCGGGCGGGGCGGCGAUGGGCUACCGGCCGCAGUGUCCGCUCUGCGGCCGCGUCUACUCCUCCACCUCCAACCUGCGCCAGCAUAUGCUCAAUGUGCACUCGCAGACUGACCGCGACCAGUGGUUCCCUUGCCAGCACUGCGGCAAGAAGUGCAAAACGAAGCACUACCUGAUCAACCACCAGCUCCAAGCGCACGGCAUCCGCCAGCGACAAAACUCUUAG